GUGAGUGUGUGAAUACUUAUGGAUUUUUGGCUCCCCGAAUAUCCGGAUCCGUGUCAAGACUGGAUAGGAGUUGAACAGAAGAGAAAGAUGGCUACUGGUCAAAAUCACGGGUAGUGUCAAAUUUGUAUAUAUUCGCCCUGGAAUUUACGCACCAGGUUAAUUUCGAAGGUGGUGUGAACAUCGGCUAAUCAACUUUAUCCAGGAAAGGUGAUAGCGCACACCGGUGAAGAGUGGCUGUCGUCGCCGCAGGUGGAGUGUGGCACUUGUACGGCUAGCACUCCGACAAGAACAACCGAUCAGCAUGUCGACAGCCGCGGCGCGUGCCACGGGAGGUGACGGUCUCGCCGCCGUCGGAGGGAGCAGCGGGGGCAACGCGGAGCGCCCGAUAUCCAAGCUAGAGCCCCGAGAGGCGAGCCCGGAGCGCCCGUCCAGCCGGGACUCCUCGUCUCCCGACAACACCUGCGCCAUCUGUCUGGGCAAACCGGAAAACAAGUCGUUCACCGACUCCUGCUUCCACACCUUCUGUUUCGGCUGCCUGGCGGAAUGGGCCAAGCUGAAGCCCGAGUGCCCGCUGUGCAAGCAGCGCUUCAAGAGCAUCAUCCACAGCGUCCGGUCCCUCGAAGACUACGACCAGUACUUCUUGAGUGAGGAACAGCACCGCACCAGGAGUCUCUACUCAACGUCUUUCUCUGGCGACGGCCCGGACGGGCGGAGGUUCCGCUUCCCUACGACACUCACGGCAGAACGCAGGCACCAGCUUGCCAUGGAACGCAGCCUGCAGAGUUCGAACCAACGGGCCACUAGCGCUUCCCGAGUGCCGAGGGCUGGCAUGAUGCAGAACGAACCUGUCGGCAGGUACAACCUCACGACAACCAGUGCGGAGCGCCGAUACCUGUACGACCUGGACCUCUGGGUGUCGAACAACCCGACGCGUUACCGGGAGGCCUCGCCGCAGUUCUACCGGGACAACCCUGCCUGUGUGCACCGCCUCAUUCCUUGGCUGAACCGUGAGCUCAUCGCACUUCUUGGCGGGAGCAGCAGCCGCAUCACGGCUGUCUUGGAGCUUGUGCUGUCCCUCAUCAGCGAAGUGGACAUCCGGCACCCCGACUUCUCUCGACACCUCUACCCGUCGUUCGGAUCGCGCACUCAGCACUUCGUGCACGAGUUUUAUGCGUUCGCGACGUCGGUGCACGACAUGGUCAACUAUGACCGCAACACCUUGUACGGGUCGGCGAUUAGCGUGCUGGCAAGAGGUACCCCCGUCGAACGGUACCAGAGUCAGCUUGCAGAGAGUCAGCGGAGGGCUGCCGAGCUGGUUUCGAAUGCCACACCUCGAGAAAGUUCUCCGCGGCCAGGUCCAAGCGGCAUGGUGUCCAGGCAAGCACGAGAGGUCAUCGCGGCGCCCGUGGCAGACGAUAGUGACUCGGACAGUUCCGACUGCAUCGUCGUCAGUGUCGUUAAGCCAGGAGAAAGAACACCCGUUGUUAUCAGCCUGCUGUCCUCCUCGGACGACGACGAGGACACGAGCGUUCAGAAUCCUCUGCACGAGGAGACAGUGGUGUCGGAGGAACAGGCUACUGGACUUGCCGAAGAGAGUGUUUUUGAAGUUGAUCUGCCUCCGGCGUCCCCAAGAGAGCCUUUGCCAUCGACACCUAGGGCAACACCACCUAGGACAAGAGCAGUUUCAUUUGUAAGCGCAGAUUCCUGGACCAGUGAUUCGGACAGCCGGUCUAGCACUUCGUCGUCCAGUCACAGAAGGGCAGCCCGGAAGAAGAAAGCGGAGGUCAGGCCGCCAAAGCUGCGCAGCGUGGUUGGAUCGGUUGUGCACAGGUCAGCAUCGAGCUCUUCUCCGCGACGCAGGCACGAGCACAAGAAGAGUAAGAAGUCCAGGAAGCAUAAACGCAGAGAAAGCCACUCUCAUCGGGAAUAAUUUGAUGUAAUAUAAAAGUGUAUAUAUCGUGCUUGUAUAGUUAAGAAAUGUACCAUCUUUUUUUUUAAUAUUGGUUUUAUGGUUGCAUGAACUUUAAUAAAAAGGACAUCUUGAGAGAC